AUGAGAAAUAGAAGGGGGACUACAUUGGAAUUAUUGCAAAGUCAUUUCUCUUUCUUCUGUUUCUGCUAUAGAUAUAAGGAGGCUGACCCUUUUUUUAUUUUUAUGAAAUCACUAACUAUGUUUAAUAAUUCAAUUUUUAGACAAUCUGAAGAUGAGGAUGAUAAUAGUGAAAUUAAUAAAUAA